GACGCCGCCGCGCGCGGGGCGGGGCGGAGGUCGCGCCGAGGGCGGCGGGCUGCCGCGCCAGGGUGGCGCGCGCGCGUUUUCCUUGUUCCUGGUCAACAAAGAAAUGUGGAGUGUCUUGGCUGAAUCCUCAUACAGACAAGAUCAUUAUGGUGCUGUUAGGUAGGACUUGUAUCCAGAUGUAAGGUUGAAAAAGUGAUAUAAUAGUUAAAGGAACAAAGGAGAAAAUUCAGAAGGAAGGAAAAAAUUGCCUCUGCAGGUGUGUGAACAGGAUUGCUUCUGCAACAAAAGCCUCCACCCAGCCACAUCUUGGGAAAAGAAUGGCCACUUCUCGGGGCUCAGUCUUUUUCAUGCUGGUGGUAUCCUGUGUUUGCAGCCCUGUCUCCCACAGGGACCAGCAGACUUGGUUUGAGGGUAUCUUCCUGUCUUCCAUGUGCCCCAUCAAUGUCAGCGCCAGCACCUUGUAUGGAAUUAUGUUUGAUGCAGGGAGCACUGGAACUCGAAUUCAUGUUUACACCUUUGUGCAGAAAAUGCCAGGACAGCUUCCAAUUCUAGAAGGGGAAGUUUUUGAUUCUGUGAAGCCAGGACUUUCUGCUUUUGUAGAUCAACCUAAGCAGGGUGCUGAGACCGUUCAAGGGCUCUUAGAGGUAGCCAAAGACUCAAUCCCCCGAAGUCACUGGAAAAAGACCCCAGUGGUUCUAAAGGCAACGGCAGGACUACGCUUACUGCCAGAACACAAAGCCAAGGCUCUGCUCUUUGAGGUAAAGGAGAUCUUCAGGAAGUCACCUUUCCUGGUACCAAAGGACAGUGUUAGCAUCAUGGAUGGAUCUGACGAAGGCAUAUUAGCUUGGGUUACUGUGAAUUUUCUGACAGGUCAGCUGCAUGACCACAGACAGGAGACUGUGGGGACCUUGGACCUAGGGGGAGCCUCCACCCAAAUCACGUUCCUACCCCAGUUUGAGAAAACUCUGGAACAAACUCCUAGGGGCUACCUCACUUCCUUUGAGAUGUUUAACAGCACUUAUAAGCUCUAUACACAUAGUUACUUGGGAUUUGGAUUGAAAGCUGCAAGAUUAGCAACCCUGGGAGCCCUGGAGACAGAAGGGACUGACGGACACACUUUCCGGAGUGCCUGUCUACCGAGAUGGUUGGAAGCAGAGUGGAUCUUUGGGGGUGUGAAAUACCAGUAUGGUGGCAACCAAGAAGGGGAGGUGGGCUUUGAUCCCUGCUACGCCGAAGUACUGAGGGUGGUGCAAGGAAAACUUCACCAGCCAGAGGAGGUCCAGAGAGGCUCCUUCUAUGCUUUCUCUUACUAUUACGACCGAGCUGUUGACACAGACAUGAUUGAUUAUGAAAAGGGCGGUAUUUUAAAAGUUGAAGAUUUUGAAAGAAAAGCCAGGGAAGUGUGUGAUAACUUGGAAAGCUUCACCUCAGGCAGUCCUUUCCUGUGCAUGGAUCUCAGCUACAUCACUGCCCUGUUAAAGGAUGGCUUUGGCUUUGCAGACAGCACAGUCUUACAGUACCUGAAUCCUUACCUAAGUCCUUCCCGUUGAAGGCUGCCGUACUGAGGUGAUGGGCCAAGCUGGAGAUAUCCCCAAAGCCCAUGUUGACACCCUGUCCUGCAAGCGGAUGGACUCUGUGGGCUGCGUCCCUAAGAAUAAAGCAGAGUUCAGGUGUGACCUCUGGCAGCGCGGUGAGAAGGGAAUGGCCCUGCUCUGUUAUCAUCUUACCCAAUGAGCGCCACCCGAGGCCUGACGUACUCAGCAGCAUGUCCCAACCCAAGAGGAAACAGAACUCGGCUUUUGGCAUCCACCCUGGCUACGCUUGGGGGCAGCUGGCGAGCCGAGACCUUCGUGGGCUUCAGAAGGCCGACAGCAUACUGCAGCAUGGCACCAGCUGUGUCGAUGAAGUCCGUGUGGUCAGCAUCACUCCACUGAGCAGCACCAGCCACAAGACACACAAGGUGAAAUUUGAGUAGCAGGGAAUUAAAAAUUCAACAAAGAAACCUUGUUUGUAACCAAAGCUUAGGCUAAUGCUACCCAACUUGCCUACACUGAUCUUGACAAGCGAUAAGCCCCUCAAGUACAAAGCUCAACUUCUCUUCGCUCCCCACAGGUUUUAAGAUCAAGCCAAACUGCACAUGAGCUGGCCCCUGCCUACUGCUGAGCUUCACCUUUCACUAGUCCCCACCCUCAAUAACCAUACACCGGCCACAGUAUAGCUCAUCACACAGUAUCCUUCUACCUCCACAACUCUCCUCUGCUUAGAAUGCCCGUCUCUAUUUCAUUAGGAUAACACCUCAGAGCAUCCAGAAGAUGUCGCCUCUUUUUAACUCCUCCAGUCUUUCUCUGUGUUUCCUCCUGUAUGCUUCCCCAGCAUCCUAUGCAUCCUUCUGUCACUGUACGGAGAUUGUCAUUUACGGUCUUCCUCGCCUGACUAUGAACUUCCUGAAAGCAGAGACUGUUCUCAGUAUCUCCAGAGCCCGCUACAUAGAAAGGACAAUUAAUGGUGAAUGACUGCACUGCAGAGGUCCUAGACCUGUGCCAGGAAUAUAUACUAAAUGGCCCAGAGUGGGGUAGUGUUCACCAUUUAUCUCAGAAUCCACUUCAGUAUGUUCAGUUCCUUUUAUUCUUGUUGCUACUACAAAGCAGUGGAGUCUCAGUUCUUUGGUGUGAAGGUGGCAGGCUUUGAGUGUCAUUUAGGCUCCAAAAGUAAUACUGGUACCCCUAUUAUCCAAAGGCUGUGUCUACUCCAGAAUAGUUAUUUGUAUUUGUUGAGCACCUACAAUGUACUAAAGAUGUUCCAUGCAUUUUACAAAAGUUCUCUCAUUUUGAAAGAACUCUCUCUUCAUUCAAUCCUGAGAAGUUAGUGAUACUAUUUACAUUUUUCAGGAAAUGAACAGGUAGAACCAGUACUGAACCCACCUACUAAGCUUACUCUUAAGCCCCAUGCUGACAUUCGCUCAGCCUUUCCCUAGGAAUACUUCCAAUGAAUUAGGCUUGAAAGGUUCAGAGAGCUGGAACCUAGCAGAACUGUUCAAAGUGAUGCAAGUGUUACAGCUUCAAAAAAAGGCCAAUGAUAACCACCACCCAGGCAGCUGUUUCAGUCAGCCUAACAGCAGCCCACAACCCUCAAACGGUUAUUAUUUAUUAUUUCUAUUGUUUUGCAUUUCCCUGUAUGCCCUCCUCCACAUAAUCCAGACCAAGCAUUAUAGUUACAAAGUACAAAGGGACAGCUGACUGGUUACUCCUUUUUCCUGACUCAAAACCACCUUUCUGGCUGGGCAUGGUGGCUCAUGCCUGUAAUCCCAGCACUUUGGGAGGCCAAGGCAGGCAGAUCACUUGAGGUCAGGAGUUUGAGACCAGCCUGGCCAACAUGGUGAAACCCCAUCUCUACUAAAAAUACAAAAAUUAGCCAGGCGUGGUGGCACAUGACUGUAGUCCCAGCUACUUGGGAGGCUGAGGCAAGAGAAUCACUUGAACCCAGGAGGCGGAGACUGCACAGUGAGCCAAGAUCGUGCCACUGCACUCCAGCCUGGCAAGACUCUGUUUUAAAAAAAAAAAAAAAACAAAACCACACCUUUCUGUACGUCCUCCUGCAACACAUCAUUAGCUGGGUAUAUUGAUACUCACAAAGGCAGAGUUAACGGCAUCCACAAAUUUUUCCUCAUCCAUGCUAACUAGCUGUGCUGCAUGUUCAUGGGAUGUAGACCAAACCAAGGAACUCAAGGUGUCUGAAAGCUGUGUCAAAAGAACACCAAUACCAAGGGCUAAGAUUCUUUUGCACUUGGGAACUCUCAAGCAUAAAAAGACAAGAAGGGAACUUACAACCAGCCUGGGCAGAUUCCCUUGAAACCAAAAAAAGGCUAAGAGAAAGGGAAGAGGAAAGGCUGCAUGCAUGUGGGAGACUGGCCAGAAGGACCUCUUACCGGGAGCAGAGCAAUAGGCCCAGAGGGAAGAAAUCUCUGCCAGGCUACGUUGUUUUCUGUGGCCUGCAACAGAGAGGAGAAAAGUUUCUCUGCGAAGUACCUAGUGCCUAUGAAUAGAGUCCCCAGAUGGCAGCUCAGGAUCUUACCUCUGAUAAAUAUAGAGUAGCCACAACAGCAGACUGGUCAUAGUUCCAGCUCACAUUCUGGAUUCCAGCAGCCUGCCGUACUCCGGAGUUGUGACCAUCUGCACCUAUCUGCAUGGACACACGAGCCUGCUAAGUC